AGUCCUUGGAAAGGUCACAAAUGAUAAUACAGACAUUUACAACCGUGUGGAAGUGUUUUAUUAGCGCGGGUGUAACAAUUUAAGUCCCCGGACGUUUCUGCGUGGUUCAUGUUGAUUUUUUGCUGCAGUUAAUUGAGAACCAAACGGUACAUGAGCUGUUUCUGAGAAAACCCCUUCGCCUUUUUCCUGCUCAGCUCAUUAGGUGAGCUAGCAGCUAGCAGCUAGCCUCAUCAGCUGGUAGCCAUGGCCGCUGUUAUUCUGAGUUUCCCCACUCUGCAGAGUCUGAGGAUAUUUACACAGAACUCGUCAUGGACCAAAAGAGGCGUGAGGCUCGUUUCAGGAGGGGUGGGAAGGAUCGAGAAGGUGCUGAUAGCCAAUCGAGGCGAGAUUGCGUGUCGUGUGAUGCGAACGGCCAAGAAGAUGGGCGUCCGCUCGGUGGCUGUGUACAGCGACGCGGACAGAGACUCCAUGCACGUGGCCAUGGCAGAUGAAGCCUACCACAUUGGUCCCGCCCCGUCCCAGCAGAGUUACCUUUCAAUGGAGAAAGUUUUGGAAGUAGCCAAGAUGUCUGGAUCACAUGCGGUGCAUCCUGGUUACGGCUUCUUGUCAGAAAGCACAGAGUUUGCGGAGGCGUGUAAACAGGAGGGCAUCAUCUUCAUCGGGCCACCUUCCUCGGCCAUCCGAGACAUGGGCAUCAAAAGCACAUCCAAACACAUCAUGUCAGCAGCUGGGGUGCCAAUCAUUGGUGGUUACCAUGGAGAGGAUCAAUCAGAUGAGAGGCUGCAAGCAGAGGCAGCUCGGAUUGGAUACCCUGUGAUGAUUAAGGCUGUCCGUGGAGGAGGCGGCAAGGGGAUGCGUAUUGCACUGACAGACUCCGACUUCUUGGAGCAGUUGGAGUCGGCGAGACGAGAAGCCAGGAAGUCCUUCAAUGACGACGUCAUGCUGGUUGAGAAGUUUGUAGAGGAUCCCAGACAUGUGGAGGUUCAGGUGUUUGGGGACAUGCACGGUAACGCUGUCUAUCUGUUUGAGAGGGACUGCAGUGUCCAAAGAAGACAUCAGAAGAUCAUCGAGGAAGCACCAGGGCCUGAUAUUAGUCCCGCGGUGCGGAGGAAACUUGGAGAAGCUGCUGUCAGAGCAGCCAAGGCUGUCAACUAUGUAGGAGCAGGUACGGUUGAGUUCAUAAUGGACGCCCAGCACAACUUUUACUUCAUGGAGAUGAACACCAGGCUGCAGGUGGAGCAUCCCGUCUCGGAGAUGAUCACUGGGACUGACCUGGUGGAGUGGCAGCUCAGGGUGGCAGCAGGUGAGCGCCUGCCUCUCCUCCAGGAUGACAUCGUUUUAAGGGGUCACUCUUUUGAGGCCCGUAUCUAUGCCGAGGAUCCAAACAACGACUUCCUGCCGGGGGCGGGGCCUCUGCUGCAUCUCUCCACCCCUUCACCAGACCAACACACGCGUAUAGAGACGGGAGUCAGGGAAGGGGACGAGGUGUCGGCACAUUAUGACCCGAUGAUCGCCAAGCUGGUGGUUUGGGGAGAAGACCGAUCUGCUGCCUUAAAGAAGCUGCGGUACUGCUUACGACAGUACAAUAUUGUUGGACUGAACACUAACAUUGACUUCCUGCUGAGUCUCUCGGGCCACCCGGAGUUUGAGGCUGGAAACGUGACCACCAGUUUCAUCCCGCAGCACUACGCCGACCUUUUCCCCGCUCCGAUGACUCCUUCCGGGGAAACGAUCUGCCAGGCAGCUCUGGGCCUGCUGCUGCAGGAGCAGGAACACACGCAGGGGUUCACACAGACCUCCGCUGAGCCCUUCUCCCCAUUCGGCUCCAGUAACGGCUGGAGAAACAACAUCAAGUUUAACAGAAACGUGACACUGCGGCUCGGAGACAAAACGGUUGAUGUGGUCAUCAUUUACAACAAAGACGGCAGCUACUCAAUGCAGAUUGGCGAGGAGGUGUACCAUGUGACUGGAGAGGUGGAAAUGGACGGCGGAGCCUCAUUUCUUCACUGUUGUGUCAAUGGCGUGAAGUCUCGUCCCAAACUGGUGAUCCUGGACAACACAGUGCACCUGUUCUCCAUGGAGGGGAGCUCCCAGGUGUCUGUUCCAGUGCCCAAGUAUCUGGCUGGUGUGAGUUCUGGUGCCCACGGUGCAGCAGUGGCCCCCAUGACGGGAACCAUAGAGAAGGUGAUGGUGAAGGUCGGAGACAAAGUGGCGGUAGGAGACCCUCUGAUGGUGAUGAACGCCAUGAAGAUGGAGCACACCAUCCGGGCGCCCAAGUCGGGUGUGAUCAAGAGGGUUUUCUUCAGCGAGGGCUCUCAGGCCAAUCGCCACGCUCCUCUGGUGGAGCUGGAGGAGGAGGAGGAGGAGGCGGCGCAGAGGGAGGGGAGCAGCCAGUAAACACACAACGAGGGAGGAGUCAGAAGUAGUUACUGAGAAAGUGAAAAGUGAGGAAUGCGAGUCGGUUCCUGAGUGGUGCAGUGGGAGAACGUGUGCUUCUGUCUGGAAAGGAUCAGACCAAUACUUUCACCCUUCGGAUCCAACGCGCAUUUAGGAGGCUCAGAACCAUUUCAGGUCCACGAAAAAGUUCCUGCGUCUGAUGUAAGCGACACCAUAAUGAAAUUGCCUUUCCCUUGGCGUUGAUUGUGGAACUGUUGUUUGUUCCGGCUCGUCUUUUUCUGUUUCUUGUUUGAGUCUCUGGAAGCUUCUGCUCGCGUAUUCUUUUUCUGAUGUCCUGUUAGUGGCGUGUUGGUAGGUUAGGAGCUGGUUUGGGUUUUCGCUUGUUCACAUGAUGUUUCAAGCACUUCCUCACUGAUGAGGGGGACUCCAGAGUGUCUCCUCUGUACAGAGACGGUGUGUCUCUUAAUCUUUACUCUACGAUUAAACAAAUCUGAGGCCGAAGAUAAUAAGUAGCCAGAGUAGCAAGUGUGAAAUCCUAGCAGAAUUAUUUCUCAGUGGUCUGUAGGAAGUUACUCAGGACUGAGAAGCUUCACAUAGACUAUUCAAGUACGCCGAGUGAAUGAUAGCAGCCGUAGCUUUAUAACAGGCUCGGGGGGGAAUAAAGGUCAUGAAGUUAUUGUCUCCAAAGUACUCUCCCACUUUGAUUCUUUGUCAUAAAAAUAUUACUGUUUUCACUGGAACUUGAUUUUAUGAAGCUGAAUAAAAUGAAAUCUUUGAUACAAGUAAACAUUUAGUAUUUGAGGGGGUCUAAUGUCCUUUGAGACUGCCUCAUCAUUGAGCCCUGAUGUGUGUGUGUGCGCUUCAAAUGAGAGGUCUGUCGUCGUAGAGGAGAAAAGCCCUUUGGAAUAUGGAGGCAGACCAACACUCCACUUAUGAAAUGAGUCCCGAGCCGCUUUGGAUCAAACUGAUAUGAGAACAAGUCGUGAAGGAUGACGUGUCGCUCAGAGGGAUUCAAACCAACACACGAUUCCUGACCAUCGCUCUUUUUACCAACUGCCAUCUGAUCAGGUCUAGUUGACUAAAACUGAUCACCUAUUUUGUAGAUGUGACAAAUGAUGUAAUAAAAUGGUUAAAACGGCUA